AAGAGCGCAUCACCUCUCCCCCUCCUCCUCCUCCUCUUCCUCCUGCUCCUCGAGCUUCGUCCCCGUCACACUUCCACAGGUCCUGGGUCGUGAAGAAAGACUAAAGAGACCUGGUCCAGGAGCUGAACCGGGUCCGAGAUGACGUGGCUGCUCGUGUUGGCCACUCUCCUCCAGUUAUCCUCGGCCUAUGACGUGGAUGUGAAGAAACUGGACGGACUGGCUAAAGCGAGGGUGGAGACAUGUGGUGGAUGACAGCUGAACCGGCUCAGGGAGGUCAAAGCCUUUGUGACCCAGGAUAUUCCUCUUUACCAUAACCUGGUGAUGAAGCACAUUCCUGGGGCCGACCCUGAGCUUGUCCUCCUGAACCACUACUUUGAAGAGCUGGAUCGGAUCGCCCUCUCCGACAUGACCCGCUCCGAGAUUAACGAGCUCCUGGGGGAACUGGGUUUCUACAUGAAGGCUCAACUCGAGGACGAGGUGCCGGAGGAGUUUCGCUUCUCUCCCGCCAAAGACAGCCCGUUCAAAGAGGAGCUGGCUGAUAAACCCGCCACUGAGAACGCCUCCUCAGAGAGCAACACAAAAGUCGAGCACACUGACCUAUAACCCAUCGGGAGUGACCAAAAGUAGGAAUGUAACAGAACCACUCUUCCCCAGAGCUGCUCCACGACCAGGUGGUCACCGCAGAAAUGAUUCACUUCUGAAGGCGGCGGCCAGCGGAUCAUGGAUCAGCCCUCGGGGAAGGACACAAUCUUAGCAUCAGCAAAAAGGCCUUUAAAGGUCCACAGUCUGAAUUUGCACAUAUUGUUCUUGCUGUGUGUCUGUAGUGAUAGAAACACGACAGACGCUUGGUGAGUUACUCUCCACACAAACUGGAAGUGUGCUUGUUAUAUUUAGUUUUUUGUUCAUCGUGUUUCAUCUCUCUCGAGUUCUCUUGUGUGUUUGAUUUGCUUCCGACCUGCUGUGAAACUGAAUGAAGCUUCAGGCUGAAAAUUGUCAGUGGCCUGAGGUUGAUGCUACAUGUUCAGGUGGGUUGGACUGAUACACACAAGAGGAUUCUAGUAAAAGGUUGGCAAAAGAAGAAAAUAAAGAAAUGUGAGAAAAA